GCUGGCGACCAGCGUUGGGCUGUGACGCUGCGUCCCGGGGUCAGAAUGUCAUACCCAGGCUAUCCCCCAACAGGCUACCCACCUUUCCCUGGAUAUCCUCCUGCAGGUCAGGAGUCAUCUUUUCCCCCUCCUGGUCAGUAUGCUUAUCCUAGUGGCUUUCCUCCAGUGGGAGGAGGUGCCUACCCACCAGCCCCAAGUAGCAGCUACCCAGGGGCUGGAGGCUACCCUGCCCCUGGAGGUUAUCCAGCCCCUGGAGGCUAUCCUGGUGCCCCACCACCAGGGGGAGCUCCAGCCUAUCCAGGAGUUCCUCCAGGUCAAGGGUUUGGAGCCCCACCAGGUGGAGCAGGCUUUUCUGGCUAUCCACAGCCACCGUCACAGUCUUAUGGUGGUGGCCCAGCACAGGUCCCACUGCCUGGUGGCUUUCCUGGAGGACAGAUACCUUCUCAGUAUCCUGGAGGACAAGUUCCUUUCCCAAGUCAGCCUGCUGCAAUGACUCAGGGAGCUCAAGGAACAGUCCGGCCAGCUGCGAACUUCGAUGCCAUGAGAGAUGCAGAAAUUCUUCGGAAAGCAAUGAAGGGUUUUGGCACAGACGAGCAGGCAAUUGUGGAUGUUGUGGCCAACCAUUCCAGUGAUCAGAGGCAAAAAAUUAAAGCAGCUUUUAAGACCAUGUAUGGCAAGGAUUUAAUCAAAGACCUUAAAUCAGAGUUAAGUGGAAAUAUGGAAGAACUGAUCCUUGCCCUGUUCAUGCCACCUACAUAUUAUGAUGCCUGGAGUUUACGGAAUGCAAUGAAGGGAGCAGGAACUCAGGAACGUGUAUUGAUUGAAAUUUUGUGCACAAGAACAAAUCAGGAAAUCCGAGAAAUUGUCAGAUGUUAUCAAUCAGAAUUUGGACGAGACCUUGAAAAGGACAUUAGGUCAGAUACAUCAGGGCAUUUUGAACGUUUACUUGUAUCCAUAUGCCAGGGAAAUCGUGAUGAGAACCAGAAUGUUAACCACCAGUUGGCUCAGGAAGAUGCUCAACGUCUCUAUCAAGCCGGUGAGGGGAGACUAGGGACAGAUGAAUCUUGCUUUAACAGGAUUCUUGCCACAAGAAGCUUUCCUCAGCUGAAAGCUACCGUGGAGGCUUAUUCCAGGGUGGCUAAUCGAGACUUGCUAAGUAGUGUUGCCCGUGAAUUUUCUGGAAAUGUUGAAAGUGUUUUAAAGACCAUCUUGCAGUGUGCCCUGAACCGCCCUGCCUUCUUUGCUGAGAGGCUCUACUAUUCUAUGAAAGGUGCCGGCACAGAUGACUCCACCCUGGUCAGGAUUGUGGUCACUCGUAGUGAGAUUGAUCUUGUACAAAUAAAACAGACGUUCAGUCAGAUGUAUCAGAAGACCCUGGGCACAAUGAUCGCAAGUGACACAAGUGGAGAUUACCGAAAGCUUCUUCUGGCCAUCGUGGGCCAGUAGGAGGGAUUUUUUAAAUAAAGCAUAUCCUUCAGU